AUGGCUCAAAGUUGGCAAAAGUCCUACGCAGACAAGAGGAGAAGCCCAUUGGAAUUUACGGUUGGUGAUAAGGUAUUUUUGAAGGUUAGUCCACGACUUGCAUUCAAAGGUGCAGCAAACAAGGGAAGUUGGCACCACGAUCUAUCACAUGUUUUAGAUUGGAUCACAUUGGAAGUGGAGGAAGAUGGAACCUACCCUCUUCAACCGAUGAGGAUUUUGGAUCGAAGAUACAAGGUCACAUGGUCAAGUGUGAUACCGUUGGUUAAAGUCUUGUGGAUGUAUCAUAACACGAAAGAAGCGACUUGGGAGCUUGAGAUGAAGAUGAAGGAAAAAUAUCUGCAUUUUUAA